AUGGGGAACUACUAUCUACUGGGUAUGGAGGUCUUUGCUGGCAGCACCCAGCCGGGCAGAGAGGGGAAUCCGAGAGAGGGGUCCCCUGUAGCUACAGCAGCAGCAGCCCUGUGGGGUGCCCGGGAUCUCCGGGAGAGGAAAGUCCGGGAGAGGAAAGUCCCCCAUCCAUACCGCCUUUUUCAAGGGAUGAGGAAGAGGGACUUGGUGGGGGUCUCCGGGAACGCGCGGCCAAUCGGAGCCAAGCGUGGUGCUAAAUUAUUAACCUUGCAGGAACGGAGUAACCGAACCCGCUUAUCGCUGUCGCGCCGGAGCAAACGCUUGCAAGAGCCUUUGGACGAGGAACUUGCGACUGCGGCAGCUGCACCGAGCGAGCUCAGCUCCGAAGCCGAGCCAGUUGACGCGGCGGCUCUUUGCAGGAAGGGCAGAGCGCGAGCGAAUCCAGCUAGCGGGUUUUUUUUGGAGUUGGGACGAAAAAACCUCCAGGCCAUGCUGGGUUUUCGGAAGGCGGUCCGGUUCCUGAAUGCAGGCAUGAGGAAUCCGAUGGUCCCCAGAGCCAAUAUUGUGGGGAAUCCGGCGAAGCACCCCCUCUCCGUGGCUGAGCAAGCCAUUGGACUGGUGGUGAUGUUUGCAACCUUCCUGGUUCCAUCAGGCUAUAUUCUGGCAAACCUGGAGCAUUACAAGCAGCGAUCUGACUGAAUGGCAAGUGAGAGGAAUCUGCUUUGAACAUGGAUCACCAAGGAAAUGUCAGAGAAAUUUUAUUCUUCUCUCAUGGAAGAUCCUCUGGAGGUUUUGAUAAUUAAAAAUGUUUUAAAAUCACAGCAAACAA